AUGACGAUGACUCGACGCCGGGGUUGAUCGACGUCCCUCGGAGAGCGAUCGUCGCGACAAAUCGAUCGCAGGCCUGCGGAGAAUCGCGUCCGAGUCUACUUCCGGUGCGUCGUAUCUCGUCAUGAGAGCGGAAGCCGAUGGACGAGCGGCGACGAGCGUCGCGCGGGACUUACGCCUAGUGAGCCGGAAGGGCGCGAGAUGAAAGCGCGCGCGUCGCGAGAUGUCGUCGGGGCUGACCGGAUGAAGAGGACGGACGGGACGGGGAUGGCCGGGGAAACUCCCGUGGCGACGACGAUCGGCGACAGGGCGAGCCGCUCGCCGGCGCUGCUGGCCGUGGUCGCCUGGUGUUCCUGCUGGCUCCUGCUGAUCGGCGAGUGCGCCGGCCAGAAACCGAUCAAUCUUGGCGGUAGCAAGAAGCGCGACGUCUACAUCGCCGGCUUCUUCCCGUAUGGCAACCAUGUACCGGAAGGUCACAUCGGGCGCGGCGUCAUGCCCGCGGUGAAGCUGGCCGUGGAGCACAUCAACGAACAUCCGACGAUACUCAGGGACUAUCGGCUGCACAUGUGGUGGAACGACACGGAGUGUAGCGCCGCAGUCGGGAUGAAAGCCUUCUUCGACAUGAUGCACAACGGGCCGCACAAGGUGAUACUCUUCGGCGGUGCUUGUACACAAGUCACGGACCCGAUAGCGAAAGCUUCGAAACACUGGCGCCUUACGCAGCUCAGCUACGCAGACACCCAUCCCAUGUUCACGACCAACAGCUUCCCGAAUUUCUUCAGGGUCGUGCCGUCCGAAAACGCCCUGAAUGCACCGCGAGUGGCGUUGCUGUUGCACUUCAAUUGGACGAGGGUCGGCACGAUUUAUCAGAACGAGCCCAGAUACGCAUUGGUGCACAAUCGGCUGGUGGCCGACCUGGACGAAACCAAGAUGGACAUCGUGGAGACGCUGAGUUUCGCUUCGGAGGUGAGGACGGCGCUCGGGAAGCUCAAAGAGAAGGACGUGAGGAUCCUGCUGGGUAACUUCAACGAAGCGUGGGCCAGGCAAAUAUUCUGCGAGGCCUACAAAUUCGGUCUCUACGGCAGAAAGUAUCAGUGGAUCAUCAUCGGGACUUAUACCAGGGAGUGGUGGCUGCGUCCCGAUGGCGGAUGCAAUCCCGCCGAGUUGUCCGAGGCGCUUCACGGUGUCAUCCUGACGGAUCUAUUGCCGCUGACGACCGAGGAACAGCAUACCACGUCUGGAAUCACUCCGGACCAGUACCAGAACGAGUACAACUCGAGGCGGGGUAGCGAGUACUCCAGGUUUCACGGAUACACGUACGACGGUAUUUGGACAGUCGCCCUGGCUGUAAAGCAUGUCGCGCGCAGAAUACGGCACUUUCAUCGUAACCAGACUAUAUCCGACUUUCGGUAUAGGGACGUAUUAUGGGAGAAGCUCUUCCUCGAUGCCCUCAGGAAUACAAGCUUCGACGGUGUUACGGGGCCGGUUCGCUUCUACGAUAACGAAAGGAAAGCGUACAUUCUUCUAAAACAAUUUCAAAACGGCCACGAAGUAAACGUAGGCGAGUACGAUAGCAUAACCGGUGUUCUGGAUCUGACGAGAGGGCAGCCGCUGUGGAACGGAAGGCCGCCACCAAAAGACCGGACCGUUCACAUCAUCGAGCACUCGACCGUGGACAUCACGUUAUACGCGGUGCUAGCCUCGGCCGCUAGUGUCGGUAUCGUCUUGGCAUCCAUUUUUCUCGCCAUCAAUAUCAGAUACCGAAAUCAAAGAUACAUCAAAAUGUCAUCGCCCCACCUCAACAAUCUCAUCAUCAUCGGUUGUAUGCUGACCUACAGUAGCGUUAUCUUCCUCGGACUAGACUCGCAAUUAUCGAGCGUGGCGGCUUUCCCAUACAUUUGUACGGCCAGAGCGUGGUUGCUGAUGGCCGGUUUCUCGUUGGCCUUUGGCUCCAUGUUCUCGAAAACGUGGCGCGUCCAUUCCAUAUUCACCGACGUCAAGCUCAAUAAGAAGGUGAUAAAAGAUUACCAGUUGUUUAUGGUGGUCGGGAUACUGUUGGCCGUCGAUCUCACAAUCAUGACGACGUGGCAGAUAGCCGAUCCGUUCUAUCGGGCGAUCAAGCAGAUGCAGCCUUACCAUGAUCCCUCCAGCGAGGAUAUAAUAAUCAUCCCGGAGAACGAGUAUUGUCAGAGCAAUCAAAUGAAUAUUUAUCUGUGUUGCAUAUAUGCAUAUAAAGGCCUUUUAAUGAUAUUCGGUGCCUUUCUGGCAUGGGAAACGCGACACGUUAGUAUACCGGCAUUAAAUGACAGUAAAUACGUGGGAAUGAGCGUGUAUAACGUUGUUAUAAUGUGCGUCACUGGCGCGGCUAUAAGCUUCGUGCUGACUGACAAGCAGGACGCCAUGUUCAUAAUGUUGGCGGUGUUCAUUAUAUUUUGUAGUACAGCCACUCUUUGUCUGGUUUUUAUUCCUAAGGUAAUAGAGUUACGCAGAAAUCCGCAAGGGGCAAUAAAUAAGCGGACCAGGGCGACUCUAAGGCCGAUGUUAAAAAUACGGAGGGACUCGACAGUCAGCGAGAUCGACGAGCGUUUGAAGGAAGCGAAGCUGGCGAAUAAAAAAUUCCGGAAGCAACUGUUGCAAAAGGAUUCUGAGCUUCAGGGAUUUUUAAGAAGAAUGGGCGAGGAAACUGCAAGCGAAACGCAAGAGGUGGUCGACACGUUGCCUGUUCCAAAGCCAGAAGAGGCCGUUAAAAGGGAAGGACCAUCAAUAACCACCGAAACGACUGAUGUUUCAAUGUCCAUAUGCAGCUUGAACUCAUCAACUGUUUCGCAGCCGGAGGGCGAUUACGUCAACGUGGAUCAAGUAACAAAGAAAAGGACGUCCAUCACGAAAGCCACGUCAAUCACCAUCGACAACGAACGAGUGGCUGUGACGGCCCAGAUCGAGGAGAGCUCUUCUCCGGGCGUCGAGACAGCCGCGGACGGGUUCCCGCCGCCGCCCCUGCCGUCGACGACGAUGACAAUAGCGAUGACAACGACGACGAUGACGACGACGACGACGGCGACGGUGCCGACGACGACGCACUCGAGACACACGUGCGUCGCGGACGCGCCGCAACGCAGGAGCGUCUCCGACGAGGCCGGCAAGACGAGCGAGCCGACGUCGCUGAUGCGCAACAGGAGCCAGGAACCGUUGCCGAACGACGCCGCGACGACGACGACGACGCGCUACGACUUCGUGCCGCCGGUCGUCGAGGAGAGCGACUCCGUGAUCCUCGAGGAGACGGAGAUCGCGAGGCACGUGUGUCGCGUGAGGAGACGGAGCAAGGACGAGCGCAGGGCGAAGCUGUCGACGCCGCCGCCCACCAAGAACGUGUCCUUCGGCGAGCUUCACGAGCAGAGCUACAUCGAGCAGGUCAUCAUGCCAUUCCCGUUGACGCAGUACGUGCCGAAUCAUCGGCAUGCCGAAAAGUACGAGGAGUCGAUGUCCAGCAUCAUCCAGCGCUCCAUGUCGGAGCGCUCGCGGGAGAAGUGCCUGCGGCUGCACAUCAGCGGCGGCCACCCCAUCGUCGAGUGCUCGCACCGGGUCGCGCGCCGGAUGUGCCGGCACGCGGGCUCGAAGCUGCGCCACCAGGCGCGACUGGAGUACGUGCAGAGCACCCCAAACGUGGCGACGAUGCACAACGGCAAGCACGUCGCGGCCAACUCGCGCGGCGGAACCGCCGACGUCAACGGUGAUUCCGCGGUGAACGUCUCCAAGAUGUACAGCGCCGUAUCGGACGGCGAGCUGCUGGAUCUGACGAUCCUGCCAAUCUUUCAAAAGCUCCUCACCGAGCGGCACAAGAGCACUGCCAGGCGGGGCUAUCGCUCGAAUAUAGCUAGUUGCCCGAAUAUAUCCAUCAAGUGCGACAUCGUCGAGUAUCUCUAACACGUGUCCAUCCGGCGACCCGAUCAGCGGCAUCACCGACACUCGCUCACGUUUCCUCACGUCACACUGGACUCACUAUCGGUAGGGUGUGUUAGAUCGGUUGUCUAAGUUGAUUAAAAACGAGUUAAUUGAUCUCGCGCGAGCGACGAUCUAUGACAAAUCAUUGUUAAGUUGAAGAUACUUGGUAUAUCGAGUGGCGUUUAUGCCGUUCCGUUAACUCAUUUAUAAGAAUGAUGACGUGGGCACCGUCUGUCCACGUGGAUUAAUCAAUUCGCUCCGUCUCUCGCGUUCUCACUCGGCAUUUAAUAUUACGAUAAAGCGAAUGAAAAUUAAUGAAAAAAAUUAAAGAAAAAGAGAAACGCGUGAAUAAUGCAACGCUCUAGUAAAAUAAUAAUAAUAAUAAUUGUCUCGAAUGUCUCGUACAAUUCUCAUCAAGGGGUGCAAGAGAGACGACGGUCGACGAUUAAAGGUAAGACUUUUUCUAUAAUACACACGGGAUAUUUUCUAACGCGCGACGAUGAUUAUUUAAGCGUAAGACUAUAUAAUGGAUAAAAAAAAAACGAAGAAAAUAAUAGUGAAAAAUCGGUGAAAAUCCUCUCACGAGGCACACACAAACACACACAUACGCACACACAUACACCCUUGGAAGUCUCACCGAAAUUUCAGUCUCACUCGCGUUGCUUGGUUUUCUUUUUUAAACGAAAUAAGCGUAAACGGAUUCGCGCGCGAUACUAUCGAGCACACACACACACACACUUAGUUAAACGUCAGUCAAUAGGUCUCUUGUAUCUCAUUAGUGACACACGCGACGUGUUAUACGCGACGUGUAACAAACACUGCGGGGAAGCGCAAACGAGGGAAAAAAAAAGAAAACUUCAUGUAUAAUAUCCGUGGUAUAAUGCAUACACGCAUGGUUUUUGGAAGCGAAGUCGGGAUGAAAGGUAGGACAUUGGGGGUCGUCUAUGCAAUCGAUAUAACGUAUUGCUUUCGGGGGAGAAAAGUGGGGGAAGAGGCGAGAGGGAGGAAGGGAGGAGGAGGGAAGAGGGAGGGAAGAGUAAACCCUAGCAGCGAACAAAUAUUGUUUAAAUAUUUCUUAGUACGACCGAAGAAUAUUUUUGUGACGCGACUUUAAAACAUUGAACUAGUUCUAGUUGAUGCGAUAUCAAUUAAUGAAUAAUAUACCUUCGAGAUAUUUACAAGACGAAUUACAAAAAAAAAAAGAAAAAGAAAAAGAAUAUUCGUUAGUCGCGGGGAUGGGAAGGAAGAUGACUCGACACCGUUACAAUGAUUUUCGUCUUCAGGAUUUCAUCUCGUUCAUCGAUCGCGACGAGGACGAGAACACGGCUCCCGAGGAAAAUAAAAGGAGGUCGCGUCUAAAGCGUCGCCGUCGGCUAACAAAUGUUCCUCUUCUUCUCCAAUAGACAUACAUAUAUCUAUAUAAGAAUUGUUAAGGAAAAAAUAUCGAGAGUAUGUUAAUUAGACGCGUUCUCUCCUUCGGACGCUCCAUUUUCACGAAAAAAAAUCUCGCCAAAAUCUCAGGCCGAGGGAAGGCGGCGGAGAAAAGCGCGACACUUUACAAAUACUACUAAAGUAAGUUUCCCCUCGCGUACAUUUCUAAAAUGAAUAACUAUGUGUUUGUAAAAAAAUAUAUGUUACAAAGUAAUAUAUUCAUUGAAUAUUUCCUAUA